UGUUGGCACUCAUCCUCCUCCGAAGCGCCAACUAGGAAACGGUCAGACAAAUGGCGUCUUCAUAACGCCUCAGCUGAUUCUCCCAAACUGCGCGGAGACCUGCGGUUAUUCAGAUGCUCUCGGUGAGAUGAUGACCUUCUGAAGUCCGUGAAUAAUAUUUUACAUGCGUGUAACGCGUCAAAGCUUCAUGGUGCUCACAUUGCACUGAAAGCUAACUAGCUAGUGCACUAUAGAUAGCAAGCUACUGUUAGCUGCUCCACAUCCAUUGGCAGUAAUCUGUGCUGUUUGAGGUUUACACACACUCGCGCGCACACACACUUUCACAGCCAGUUUGUAGCUCCUGAAGCUGGGACUAACUCGGACCAUCUUUGAAGCUAAGUUGUGCCGUCAGGAACCAUGACGACGGCUCGCUAUAGGCCCACCUGGGACCUGGCUCUGGACCCGCUGGUAUCCUGUAAGCUGUGUCUAGGAGAGUUCCCCCUGGAGCAGAUGACCACCAUAACACAGUGUCAGUGUGUGUUCUGCACGCUGUGCCUGAAGCAAUAUGUGGAGCUUCUCAUUAAAGAAGGCCUUGAAACUGCUAUUAGCUGUCCGGAUUCCGCCUGUCCAAAACGAGGACAUUUACAAGAAAAUGAGAUUGAGUGCAUGGUGGCGUCAGAGAUAAUGCAGAGAUACAGGAAGCUGCAGUUUGAAAAAGAGGUGCUGUUGGACCCGUGCCGGACAUGGUGCCCGUCAUCAUCGUGCCAGGCCGUGUGCCAGCUGAAGGAGGCGGACUCGGCCCGGCCGCAGCUGGUACGCUGUGGUAACUGCACGCUGGAAUUCUGCUCGGCCUGCAAGGCCAGCUGGCACCCAGGCCAGGAGUGUCAGGAGAACCUGCCCAUCACCGCCUUUCUGCCUGGCGAGAGCAGUUCUUUCUUUAAGAGUGAUGACGAUGAUGCUCCCAUCAAGCGCUGUCCCAAAUGUAAAGUGUACAUUGAGCGAGAUGAAGGUUGUGCCCAGAUGAUGUGCAAGAACUGCAAGCAUGCUUUCUGCUGGUACUGCCUGGAAUCUCUGGACGAUGACUUCCUCCUGAUCCAUUACGAUAAAGGACCCUGCCGCAACAAGCUGGGCCACUCCAGAGCCUCCGUGAUUUGGCACAGAACGCAGGUCAUUGGUAUCUUUGCUGGUUUCGGCCUGCUCUUGCUGGUAGCCUCUCCGUUCCUGCUGCUGGCCACACCGUUCGUGCUGUGCUGCAAGUGUAAAUGCAGCAAAGGGGAUGAUGACCCAUUACCAACUUAACGAAUGCCAAGACUGCCCUCUUCUUUUGUUUUCUUUUUUUCCUGUCCCCCGCGCACUUCGGCUUGGAGCUCUUGGAGCGCGUUUGAAGCCGCACUGCGACCCAUCUCACGUCGCAACUUGGCUUGGUUCCAGGAGACAGGUCGCAGAUAGCGGGCACGUUGGCAUGACGACACCAGGCAAGAUCUUACACAUGUGCUGGAUGUAACUCAGCACAUGGGAGCGGUGGAGUCGCCAUUCGUGCACUCUCGGGGUGCUCUGAUUCUUAGGGGACGUCACUUGUUUAGCUUGAUGCCUGUUGUUCUAGCUGGGGGUUUUGGGAUAUAAUGGAUCUGCUUGUGGAGGGCUCAUUAAUGAAAUACAUACUCACACCGCACUUCAUGUAGCUCUGUGUGUAUAGUAGCACUUGGGUCACUCAACACUUUACCGGUUUCUCACUCUAACUUGGACACACAAGGGGCUCUUUGUUCACUUUGCAGCCUGAUGUGUGAGUAGGGUCUUUAAACAAAUAUAUGUACAGUAUGGUGUUUACUUUGAACGUUUGUUUGUUUUGUUUUUUUUAUUACACUUUGUCAUGUUUUCUUGUUCUUAGUAAUGCAAGAGUUAGCUCACAAACCUCUCACAUCAGCAUUGCUGCUAUUAGCAGGAGGUUCUCUGUUGAGAUUAUAUGUUGCAUACCAUUUAUUAAAAUUAUUGCUAGCACAAUUUUAUUUCUUAUAUCUCAUAGGAUCAGGUUAGGUUUUCUUACAGCAUGUGAAAUUAUUCACAAAGCACUUUACCAAAUUGACUGAAGCAUGUUAGUAAAACGGCCCAAAUUAUGAGCACGAAAACAGUUUAUUUUUAAAUCAACAAUGUUCUAUCCUUCUGGCCCACUUUUAAACAGAUCCCUGCACACAUCCCUACAAAAAGAGCAGCACAACCAGUUCCGCAAUUAUUUGUACACUCCUCACUGUGUGUAUCAAACUGUGCUAACAUAACAAGGUACUGUACAGCCCAGUAUAUCUCACGUCAGAUAGUUGGAAACUUGCAUGUGCGUUUCAUUCGCGUGACUUGAAGCAGGAAAUUUCCAUCAAAAAUAAUGCAGUCACUGUAAGUGUGGCAGGGAUUAUAAACUCUGGCUGAUUUCAAGACUGUUUUGAUUUGUCCUCAUUUAAAUCUAGCACUAUAUCUAUGCAAGUUUGGACAACCUGGAGAUGUGGUUUGUGUGGUCCGUUUGUCCUGUAGGCAAAACAGCACCUCCUACGAGGCAUGAAGAUGUAUUGCAGAUGUAAACAUUACAGACAAGUGUCUGGCUCACCUUCAUAUUAAAUGCUUCAGACGCCUGUACCUAUUAAAAGCUUAUUAUAAUCAUUUUUGACAUGAUAUGCACUUAAAUGGGGCCAAAAGUAGUCACACUCUUAUGCCAUAUCAUUUAUUUUAAAUAAAUAAAUCAGACUUUAUCAUGUCGAGUUUAAGAGAAUGUUUUGAUGUAGCUAGAUAGUACAGUAUGUAGCUCACUAGAGCUGUGUAGAUUUUUUUUUUUCUCCCUGUGUUCACCCAGUAAAGGUGCCAUUUUAGGGGAAUAAUAUAAUUAAGCAUCUCUCUCUUUUUUGUACUGUACAUCCAUUCAGUAGUUUAUGAUGUUAGAACCUGUUCCACAUUGUUAAUUGGUUAAUGGCGUUCUUCAGUAGCUAUCAGCAUUAAGACAGUUUUAGCCUUAAGUUCUGAGUACCUCACUUACUCCCUCAAUAUUGUAGCUUUGUUUUCUAUCAUUUCUUCUCAGGUCUACCUGAAUGAAGCAGUUUGUCACUGAUUUUUUUAUUUUAGAUUUAGAUAAAAGAUUGCAGGGUCAUCCAUGGAUGCCAUUUGUGUCGAGCAACUUUCUAAAAUGCUAAGAGAAUUUUUUGCUAUACAAAUAUUUGCUUGUAUAUUUUGGCACCCUUGAUGUUCUGUGAUCCAAAUUUUUUCAUAUGGCUGGUUCAUACAAAUGCGUCUUUGUUUUAUUGUGGAUUUGCACUUGGCUAACUAAUUGACACAUACUACAAAAAUGACAAUCUUAGCACGUGAGACUAGUAUUUCCUAUUAUAAAAUUACAGUAAGCAAGUUAUAUGAUUUAUUAAAUCUAUGGAUGUUUCUAAACAAUUUUACUCAUUUCAUACUUGAAAGUUAUUUCUAGAAAGAAGCCAUUAUAAUAAGAAAAUGUAAAGAAGCAUCUAAAAACUAAAAGCAUCUAAAAAAUAAAUAGAAGCAUCUAAAAACAGGCUGAAUUAUAUUAUAUUUGAGUUAUAAUAAUCCCAUGAUAAGACAUGUUAGUUAAAUUUGUCCAUAUUCAAGAUAUUUUCACUUGCUAAAAUGUCUUUUUUUUUUUUUUUUUUUCUUUUGCAGAACUUUUUUUUUUUUUUUUUAUAUAUUUUUUUUAUAUAAAUCUUAUGCACUUCAGGGAUUUUGUUUGAGCUCACUGACUACACUGAGGAACAUUACCCUAAUGACCACAUUUUGUUGGUUAAAUGUUCGUCUUUUCUUCAGCAUCACUUUAAUAUCUAUCAAAAUUCCAUAAGCUAGUUUUCCCACACAGGCAACAAUUAUGGCUGUUACACACACACACACACACACACACACACACACACACACACAAGAGGUAAAUCAUUUUAUUUCUUCAGCAAUGUGACAUCUCUGAUAGCUUGGAGAGAGUUUAUUUUGUACAGUUUUACAGUUAUGGUUAUCUUUUUACUGCAUGCCUAUAGCUCUUUUUGUAGCUACAGUUUGUGAGAUUUUUGUGUCUGUAACUCUCCAGCUUUGCCUAUUCCAGAUCUUUUUCCACACUUGCUUUAUAAGGAGAGUAUGACCAUUAUGUAAUUUGGGAUGGCUUUGGCAGUGUUGUAACCUUGCUUCAGAAACUGCUGUUAGAUUACCUUUUAAUGUGUAAUUUUGUUCAUUUUUGAUACUUCAUAGAAAUAAAUAUUAAUUGUAUUUUCUGAAUAUCAGCAGCAACAAAAAAAAUGCACACCCUGUUUCACAAGAUGGUAAACUUGUACAUUUGCAUGUGUGUAAAGUUCUACAUAAAAAAAAUGAAAUUAUAGUUUCUCCCAUAAAA